CAAUGGAGCCAUGCACGAAAGACUGUGUUAAUUCCGAAGAAGAUGUUACUAGUAAGGAGGAUAACUCCGUUUCUGUUAUUAUUUCCAACCCAAAAGUUCUAGAUUGUUGCAACUGUUUUCAACCUUUAACUAUUCCACUCUUUCAGUGUGAUAAUGGUCAUUUUGUUUGCUCUGCCUGCUGUCCUAAAAUUUGGAACAAGUGUCCCAAGUGCUCAAUUUGCAUUAGCUCUAAACAUUGUAAAGGUAUUGAGAAUAUACUGCAAACUAUGGAAAUCUCAUGUCCAAAUGAAAAACAUGGUUGCAGGGAGAUAAUAAGUUAUAGUGGAAAGAGAAAGCAUGAAGAAGAAUGCAUCUAUGCACCAUGUUACUGUCCCCUUUCAGGUUGUGACUUUGUUGCUUCAUCAAAAUUGUUUUCCAACCAUUUCAUUGAUAAACAUGGGGAUUCACUUAUCAAAUUUUCUUAUGGUCACUCUUUCAAUGUAUCCUUGAAGCCUAAUGAUAAAACCAUUGUUCUUCAAGAGAAAAACAAUGGCAAAAUAUUUAUUCUCAAUAAUAGUACCAUGCUUUUGGGAAAUUCAGUCAAUAUUAGCUGCAUUGGUCCUGACAGUUCUGAGGCUGAGUAUGGUUGCUAUAUAUUUGCUGGGUCCAAGAAAUGCAGUCUAAAAUUGUAUUCUUUUUCGAAGAAUGUCCAUUGGGUUACUUUAGCAAGUCAUUCAUCAGAGUUUCUGGUGAUUCCAUCUUGUUAUUUUGGUUCUUCUAAAUGUGUGAAGCUAGAGAUUUGCAUAACCACCAAGAUACAAAUCUUUGUAAAAACUGUGAAGGGAAAGAUGAUGGCUCUGAAGGUUGAGAGUUCAGACACGAUAGGCAGUGUGAAGGAGAUUCUGAUGGGCAUGGAAGGGGUACCAGUGGACCAUCAACGACUGAUCUUUGGUAGUAAGAAACUAGAUGACAUCUGGACCAUUGGGGAUUACGACAUUCAAGAUAAUUCAACCCUCCAUCUCGUCCUUCUACUCCGUGGAUGACUAUUAUCAUGAAGAAAAUCAUCCUAUAAGUA